AUGGAUCAGGAUUUUUCCUGGCUUCAUCUGAAGCCAGAUCAUGCAUCCAGGCCAAUCUGGAUAAGCCCAGAAGAUGGACACAUCAUUUUGGAAGCCUUCUCACCUAUAGCCGAGCAAGCUCAGGACUUUCUUGUAGCCAUUAGUGAACCUGUCAGCAGGCCGGCUUUCAUACACGAGUAUAAGCUCACUUCCUAUUCUCUGUACGCUGCUGUUUCCGUCGGUCUCCAGACGGAAGACAUCAUCGAAGUGUUGAAUCGCCUUUCCAAGGUCCCUGUGCCGGAAAGUAUCAUCAAUUUCAUUCGCGAGCGGACUCUGUCGUACGGGAAGGUCAAACUCGUCCUCAAGCAUAACAAAUAUUACAUCGAGUCUAGCCAUCCUGAAACUCUCCAGUUCCUGCUCAAGGACAAAGUAAUUCGGGAGGCUCGCGUAAUCUCUCAGACUACGGACAAGAGCAUCAAAGCCAACACCUUCACGACAAGUAAGGCCCCGAUCAAGGGUAACCUUGUAAUCCCCGGCACUAAGGAGGCUGAAAAGAAGAGGGACGACCUGAAUAGUGGCAAAACGGGUACGCAGAGCGCGCAAGGUCCUUCCACUUUGGACGCCGAGUUAUUUACCUCGGUGGUUGGCGUCGAUUCCGACGACAUUGAGGACGAGGAUGAUAACGUGCAUUCGUUUGAGAUUGACGACUCCAAAAUCGACGAUGUGAAAAAACGUUGCAAUGAGCUCGAGUACCCUAUGUUGGAAGAGUACGACUUCCGGAACGACACUAUCAAUGCCAAUCUGGAUAUCGAUCUCAAGCCUGCCACUGUAAUUCGACCAUAUCAGGAAACGAGUCUGAGCAAGAUGUUCGGUAACGGCCGUGCGCGGUCGGGUAUUAUUGUGCUCCCUUGUGGCGCAGGGAAGACCCUGGUUGGGAUUACCGCAGCAUGUACCAUCAAGAAGUCCUGUCUGGUGCUCUGUACAUCAUCGGUGUCGGUUAUGCAGUGGAAGGCACAAUUCAUGCAGUGGUCGAACGUAACGGACCGACAAAUUGCUGUCUUCACCGCAGAUCAGAAGGAGAAGUUCGCAGGAGAGAGCGGUAUCGUGAUAUCCACCUAUUCCAUGGUCGCGAACACCCACAACAGAUCACACGAGUCGAAGAAGAUGAUGGAGUUUCUGACGUCCAGAGAAUGGGGCUUCAUCUUGUUAGAUGAAGUGCACGUUGUACCGGCCGCUAUGUUCCGACGGGUUGUCACUACCAUUAAGGCUCAUUCAAAGUUGGGUUUGACCGCUACUCUUGUCCGUGAGGACGAUAAGAUCGCGGACCUCAACUACAUGAUUGGGCCUAAAUUGUACGAGGCCAACUGGAUGGAUCUGGCCGCCAAAGGCCACAUCGCCAAUGUGCAGUGUGCGGAAGUGUGGUGCCCGAUGACCCCCGAGUUCUAUCGGGAGUACCUGCGCGAGCAGUCUCGAAAACGCAUGCUCCUGUAUUGUAUGAACCCCAAGAAGUUCCAGGCUUGUCAGUUCCUUAUCAAGUAUCACGAGGAACGAGGAGACAAGAUCAUAGUCUUUUCCGACAAUGUCUUCGCUUUGGAGGCGUACGCGAAGAAGCUCGGGAAGCUAUAUAUUCACGGGGGCACCGGGCAAGUGGAACGGAUGCGUAUAUUGCAAAACUUCCAGCACAACCCGGCGGUCAACACUAUUUUCCUGUCCAAGGUCGGAGACACCUCUAUCGAUCUUCCGGAGGCUACAUGCCUCAUCCAAAUCUCGUCUCAUUUCGGGUCGCGUAGGCAGGAGGCUCAGCGCCUAGGGCGAAUCCUGCGGGCCAAACGCCGUAACGACGAGGGCUUCAAUGCCUUUUUCUAUUCCCUGGUGUCUAAGGAUACCCAGGAGAUGUUCUACAGUACAAAGCGGCAACAAUUCCUGAUCGACCAGGGCUAUUCCUUCAAAGUCAUUACCCAUCUGGACGGCCUCGAAAAGCUCCCAGACCUAGUCUACCGGACGCGCGACGAACAAAUCGAGCUGCUGUCCUCCGUGCUGUUAGCCAACGAGAGCGACGCAGACCUUGGCAACGAUGUCAGGGCUGGCGAGGGGGAUCUGGCAGGGACGGUGACAUCGAAGGACUUUGGGCUGCCUACGAAGGUGGCGCCGGCGCAACGCACGACGGGCUCGCUGACCGCGCUGAGCGGCGGGCAGCACAUGUCGUACAUGGAGCAGAACAAGUCGGCGAACAAAAAGCUGGCACGCGAGGCCAACACGACAAGGAACAAACUGUUCGCCAAGCGGGAUAGGGAGCGAGCCACCGCCAGAAAGGAGGCGGCCCGCGGGCGAGGCUGA